AUAAGUGACGUGGAGUACGGAUACGUGUCGUGCUUGCUUGCGUGUUUGCUGACUUGGAAUAAUCACCAAAAUUCAGAAUAAUUUGGUUUAAGGGAGUUCAGUCCUUGACAUCACCAUGCAUAUGCUGAGGAGGGACAAAAAGGAUGAGGAAGAUGGAGGCUCUUCCAAUCCAUUUCAGAAUAUGGAAAAGAGUGCAGUCUUACAGGAGGCUCGUGUCUUUAACGAGACUCCCAUCAAACCACGGAAGUGUUGCCACAUCUUAACCAAGAUCAUGUACAUUCUGAAUCAGGGAGAGCACAUUGGCACAACUGAAGCCACUGAGACAUUCUUUGCCAUGACCAAGCUGUUCCAGUCAAAUGAUGUGAUGCUUCGUCGUAUGGUGUACCUAGUCAUCAAAGAGAUGGCUAACAUUGCUGAGGAUGUGAUUAUCGUGACUAGCAGCUUGACAAAAGACAUGACAGGCAAGGAGGAUAUGUAUAGAGCUGCUGCCAUCCGUGCUCUCUGCAAGAUCACUGAUACCACCAUGUUGCAGGGCUUAGAACGUUACAUGAAGCAGGCAAUUGUUGACAAGGUCCACAGUGUGUCUAGUGCAGCUCUUGCAUCAUCACUGCACCUGUUGUCUCAGAGUCCUGAUGUUGUCAAACGCUGGGUCAAUGAGGCUCAAGAGGCUGCUACCAGUGACAAUGUAAUGGUCCAGUACCACGCCCUAGGACUGAUCUAUCAUAUCCGCAAGAAUGACCGACUAGCUAUCACUAAACUGGUUGGCAAGUACACUCGUGGAGGCCUCAAGUCUCCUUAUGCUACUUGUAUGUUGAUUCGGAUUGCAUCGAAGCUUUUGGAAGAUGAGGAUGCUGGGAAUGACAGUCCAUUGUUUGAUUUCAUCGAGGGUUGUCUGAGGCACAAAAGUGAGAUGGUGAUCUAUGAAGCAGCUCAUGCCAUUGUCAACAUGAAGAACACUACAGCUAGGGAGUUAGCUCCAGCCGUCUCUGUCUUACAGCUGUUCCUGAGCUCUCCUAAACCUACUCUGAGAUUUGCUGCCACGAAGACUCUCAACAGAGUCGCUAUGACCCAUCCAGCAGCUGUCACUGCCUGCAAUCUGGACCUAGAAAACCUGAUCACCGAUGUCAACCGCAGCAUUGCCACGUUGGCUAUUACAACCUUACUCAAGACAGGCAGCGAAGGGAGUGUGGAGCGUCUGAUGAAGCAGAUAGCUACUUUCAUGUCUGAGAUCUCGGAUGAGUUCAAGGUGGUGGUGGUACAAGCUGUCCGUUCCUUGUGUAGCAAGUUUCCUCGUAAGCAUGGCGUCAUGAUGAGUUUCUUGUCCAACAUGCUUCGUGAAGAGGGUGGAUUCGAGUACAAGCGAGCUAUCGUUGACAGCAUCAUUGUCAUCAUUGAGGAGAACCCUGAAGCUAAGGAGGCAGGCUUGGCUCACCUGUGUGAGUUUAUUGAGGAUUGUGAGCAUGUCUCCUUGGCAACCCGCAUCUUGCAUCUCCUAGGGAGAGAGGGACCACGCACCCAGAACCCAUCCAAGUAUAUCCGCUUCAUCUUCAAUCGUGUUAUCUUGGAGAGUGCAGCAAUUAGAGCAGCUGCUGUGAGUUCAUUGGCUAAGUUUGGUGCCCACUGUGAGUCUCUGCUCCCUAGUGUUAUUGUUCUACUCAAGAGAUGCCUCCUUGAUGGUGAUGAUGAGGUCAGAGAUCGUGCCACCUACUACGUUCGUGUCUUGGAGCAACAACAGAAAGCCCUCAACUCGAUGUAUAUCCUCAAUGGACUAUCUGUGUCUAUUGUUGGCCUAGAGAGGGCGCUGCAUCACUACACACUCAGCCCCUCAGAGACACCCUUUGACAUGAAGACUGUUCCCUUGGAAACGCAGCCUAUCACUGAGCAGAAGAAGCCAGAUCUGUUGCCUUCUGCGAAGCCUGCAGACAAGCCAAGUGCUCCAGUCCAGGAGAUAUAUGCAGAGCAACUGGCUGCCAUUCCUGAGUUUGCCUCUCUGGGUCCUCUUUUCAAGUCCUCCAAGCCGGUAGAGUUGACCGAGUCUGAGACUGAGUACAUGGUGCGAUGUAUCAAGCACACCUUUGCUAAUAACAUCGUGUUCCAGUUUGACUGCACGAACACCUUAAAUGAUCAACUUUUGGAGAAUGUGACUGUCCAGAUGGAUUCCAGCGAUGGGUUUGAGACAGUUUGCCAUGUUCCUGCGGCUAGCCUCAAGUACAAUCAGCCAGGUGUGACCUAUACCUGUGUCUCCAUGCCAGAAGAUGCUACUAGUGUCACAGGAACAUUCACCAAUACCCUCAAGUUCCUUGUGAAGGACUGUGAUCCCAACACCGGCGAGCCUGAUGAUGAUGGUUACGAGGAUGAGUAUGUGGUAAGUUGACUGGGUUUCAUGCCUCCCACUCCUCUUGGGCUUGCUCCUCCCCCUAGCUGACCUUGCUGCCAUCUUGUUGGACCAGCUCUUGUUUAGGUAGCCCUUUCCAUAACAUGCAAGAAUUUGGCCGAAGUUUUCUUAGAAUCUUUUGUACCAAUGCCCCAUUAGU